UGCACUGAUGGGCAUUGACAGGCAUCACUGAUACAUGACACUGAUAGGUGGCACUGACUGGCACUGAUCGGUGACAUUGAAAGGCAGCUCAAAUGGGCACUGAUAGGUGGCAUUGAUGUGCACUGGUAUGUGGCACUGAUGGGCACUGACAGGUGGCACUUCUGGGGCCACACAGAUCAUCAGUGCCCUGAUGAUCACUGUCAGCGUGACAGCUCGAGAGGAGGGAAAUGCCGAUAACCGGCACU